AUGGCGCACAGCUCUCGGAAGGAUCAGCAGCAACAGCAAAUAAUUCCCGAGAACUUUUACGACAAUUUGCUCGUCAAUCAAAAUGCAUCAACACACAUCGUUCAUGAAAUUUUAGAACAAAUUAUCACUGAAGGUGCUCAAAUCUUACAUACAAAAUACUUACACUCGCAAAUCAAACCAUACGCUUCGAGAACCCUCGCAAGAGAACUUGUUAUGAAUGCUUCUUGGGCAUUAGAACCGAUUGGUCCAAAUGAUGUCACAGCAGAACCAGACGAGGAUUUAGAAAUACCUCCAAUUGAUGAGUGGGCAGGUGGUGUUCUUCCUGUACGCUCUGCUGAUGCUACAGGAUUGCGUUCUGCUGUUCCACCUCCAAGAGAACCGAAAGUUCAAACUUCAAACUCAACGAGGCCUCAUCCACAAGUUGUCACUCAACAAAGACAGCUCCCACAACAAGAGUCUAAAACAACAACAUCGCAAGCAACACAUAGAAGCCAAAAAGGAAAUACACAAAAAGAAGCUCCACGAAAGAAGCCAAAGCCACAAGUAUCAGAAGCAGUCGCUAUUACAAGAGCUUUCGAGGAAGCAAAGAAGAAGACCGCUGUAUCUAUGAAAGCUGUCACUGUAGAUUCAGAUUUUUCCGUUAUUCAGAUUACAGAACCGAAAGGACUCCCUCCAGCUCUUAUUGUUCCUAAAGUAACUACAAAGCGUGCCCAGCAUGUUGAACAGCCUACAACUGGUGGCCGUCAACAAGCAAGAGCCGUUAUUCGUAAACCUCAACCACAACAGAAGAGAAGAGUUGUACCUAAACUCGUGGAACCAGAUCAGCCUAUAUUUGAUGAAGAAAUUGCAGAAGUUUCAUACUCAGAUAAAUUUAUUUGCGCUCCUGGUGUUACAUUUAAAGAUGGAACAGUGGUUAAAUCUAGAGCACAACAAGCUAAUCCUAACCAGAUGACUAGAGCUCAAUAUGAAGCAUAUCUUGAGGAAAUGAAGAGAGGCGAUUCGAAUUAG